AUGGCUUCCAAGCUUCUUCUGAUUAUUGUUUUUGUUCUUGAUCUCAUUGCUUUUGCUUUAGCUGUUGCAGCUGAGCAAAGAAGAAGCACUGGCAACAGUGUCCGGGACAAUGAUGAUAAUUAUAACUAUUGUGUCUAUGAUUCAGACAUAGCCACAGGCUAUGGUGUUGGUGCAUUUUUGUUCCUCAUGGUUAGCCAAGCCCUUAUAAUGGUUGCGAGCCGAUGCUUCUGCUGCGGAAAGGGCUUGAAUCCCAGUGGUUCAAGGGCUUGUGCAGUAAUCCUUUUCAUUGUUUGCUGGUUGUUUUUCCUGAUCGCCGAGAUAUGCUUGUUGGCCGCAUCGGUGAGGAAUGCGUACCACACCAAAUACCGAACCAUUUUCAGUGAGCUGCCUCCUUCUUGUGAAACUGUGAGGAAAGGAGUUUUUGCUGCAGGGGCGGCUUUCAUUUUCUUAAACGCCAUUGUCAACAAGUUCUACUACAUUUGCUAUUCGAAUGCUCGGGACAAAAGCUUCCAGGCUUACAGCAGAGAGACCGGUGUCGGUAUGGGAGCCUACAAAUAAGCGAGGCUGCAAAAUUAGUGUUUAUACCUUGUUGCACCAGAUGUGGCUACAUGUGCUAAGCGUUCAAUAUAGUCGAUAGAUUAUAUUUUUGUAUCAGAUUCGUAACAUUUGUUUGUCUGCCAUUCCAAAAUCGAAGUUUUUUGUAUA